AUGAGCUCUCUAUUUCGUAGCCUUAGCGGAUCAUCCAGCAAACGGGAAAUAGCAGUUAAGGAGGCAAUAUUAGAAGCAUUGCAGGAAAAUGUAAAAGAAAUUGAAUACGACGUGCAAGACAAAAGAGAAGGGGUGGUUCUUGAACUCUGUGAGAGUUCCAAUAAUUUGGUAACUACCAUUGAGGCUGUUUUUCUUCACGGUCUUAAGGAUUCAUUUCUAUGGCAGACCUUAAAUAUUAUUGCCGAAGUGGAAAGCGAACGUAGACCCGAACCAAGUUUCUAUUCACCAAUUAUGAUAUUUCUACACAAAGAAGUGAUUGAACAGCUAACUUCCCUUACACAAGUGACCUCAGAAGUUGGUAUAUGUCGUGCCUGGAUACGUUUAAGCCUCAACGAUGGCUUACUUUCUUCUUAUCUAAAUAAUAUGGGUAAAAACUCUUCAUCCCUUAGUCCAUAUUACAAAAAGUAUGCCUUAAUAAAAGACGCCUCACGUCUCGAGAGAGCUAUUCACCUGAUAAAUAACGUAGAGAGUUUGGUACAAUUUAAGUUGCCAUAUAAUACUAGUCUAAUGAACCAAUGGCCGGACCAUGCUUUACAAUUGUCAGGACUAUGGACACCCACAAUGAAAUCAUGCCCCAUCAGCAGUGGUUUGGAUAUUGCCGGUUCACUGAUUGAGGAAACGAGGGCUAUUCCCAUGCCACAACCAUUGUGCACAAAUCAGCUUUUUUCAGAAUCUAUUUCGAAUAGUCCGUUCCAGAGGAGCGCAACCUUUGGGGCCGAUGAUGUAAAUACCCGAAUGAAUGUCGAUUUAUUUUUGCAAAAAGUUGAAGAAAUGGAAGAAGACGCUGUGGGUGAGGAACCAAUCGCAGAUCAACAAUCACCCUUAACUAGUGAAGCACCCAAAGAAAAUAUUGAGACAUGUGAGGAGGUCAAUCCAUGCGGUAGCAAUUCUCUUAGUAAUCUCAUGCAGAAAUCUUGGUGUUCUGAUAUGAAUUAUGGUGACAAUAAUUCCCAAGAUCGCCCAUUUCAUUUUCAAAGAUCCCUCAGUUUGACCAGCUCGGCAAGUUCAUUGCGAUCUCCGGCAACAGAUCGUUGCAGUUAUAAUGCCUUAUUACGCAAACAUGAAAGGCAACGAGAAGUGGACUGGACAGAGGUGUGGGAAAAGUUUUUGUUACAAAACACCACCGGCAUUGCCGUUUCUCAGUCCACCUUGAAUUGUGAUGAAGAAUGCGAAUCAAACAAAUCCGACUUUGAGGUUGUAUCUGGCGGUUCUAUGGAGAAAUUUGACAUACAGGAACUGCAAGAGAUGGUUGAGCAACUGUGUAAAUUGGCCAGGGAGCCUGGACUAGAUGUUCAAGGAUUUUUGUGUAAAUCAUGUCAACAUCCAUUGGGAAUAGGUUACUCGAAUUUUAGGGUUUGUGCAUUCAGCGGCAACUAUUUUUGUGAUAAUUGUAUGGACAUUGAACCGGUCAUUAUACCAGCAAAAAUAAUAUAUAACUGGGAUUUUCGCAAGUAUUCGGUGUCAAAAAAAGCUGCGUCAUUUCUGGCCGAAUUUCGUACACAGCCAUUUAUUGAUCUAAAGCUACUUAAUCCAGAUAUAUACAAUGCUUCAGAGGCCAUGGCCGAAUUACAAGCUCUACGCAUACGGCUCAACUUCAUACGGGCAUACUUGUGCACAUGUAGUCCCAAGAGCUUUGAAGAAUUGCAAUGCUUAUUUUUCGGCAAGGAAUAUCUAUAUGAACACAUCCAUCAGUAUUCUAUAGGAGAUUUGGCAAUGAUACAACGAGGUUUGUUGUAUCAGAAUUUGCAAAAAGCAUACAAAGUGGGAGAGGCUCAUAUUCUAAAAUGCCCACUGUGCAGUUUGAAAGGUUUCAUAUGUGAAAUUUGUAAAGGACCCAAAGUUUUGUAUCCGUUCCACAUAGAAACAACAUAUCGGUGUUCAACAUGUGGAUCUGUUUUCCAUGCCGAUUGUUUAAAUGAUAACCAGCCAUGUCCCAAAUGCGAAAGGUAUCGUAAACGUGUUGCCUUAUUUACGCCAUCACCAGAUGCUGGGGAGGAGGAAAAGGAGCAAUAG